AUCAAGAAAAUGCUGAGAAAUCUCCGAUCCCGGCGAAACCAUCGUUACGGUGUCUUCUUAUGCGCCGUCGUUUCAGCCAUUCUUCUAUUGGUCUCGGUGUCGCUCCUCCACAGUCGCAUAUCUUACUCUCACCCUCGCUUUCCCUCGCAUGAGGUGAACUACAACUCUCUCCUCUCCGAUUCCGUGAACGACGACGCAACCGGCGGAGAGGACACCAUCGACGCGCUUGACGUGGUGGGGGAACAACCUCCGGAUACGACGGACGUGGAAGAAGACGAUGAGCCGUUGGAUCAGAUCAAGGUUUCUGGGUAUUUCUUCUACCAUAUAGGUGGUGUGAUUCGGAGAGCAUUCAGCAAGGGUUCGGUAGAGGAUUGGGAUGAAGAUGGGUUCUUUUUGGGAUCGAGGGUGGUGGAGGAAGAUCGGAGCAAGGCGGCGUUUGGCUCCGACGAUGUGCCGGUGGACGAGCGCGUGAGGAUGAAGGUGAUUAAGGUGAGGGGGGUAGAGGAUGCGCUGUUGUUGAAGAUGGGUAGGAGGGUAUCGCCUUUAAGGGAAGGUUGGGGUGAUUGGUUCGAUAAAAAAGGUGACUUUUUGAGGAAGGAUAAGAUGUUGAGGUCCAAUUUGGAGUUGUUGAAUCCGUUGCGUAAUCCCAUUCUGCAGGACCCUGAUGGUGUUGGUUUCACUGGGUUAACCAGAGGUGAUAAAAUUUUGCACAAGUCACUCUUAAAUGACUUUAAGAGAGUCCCAUUUCCUGCUAGGAAGAAGACUCAGGACACCAAUUAGGUUCCAAAGUGUUGGGGAUGAGUGCUUUUUGUUUUAGGAACAAGCAAAAUCAAUUUUGGUGAGCAUUUCAUAUUUAAUUGCAAUGGUGAUGAUGUGCUGUUUUGGAUACUUUGUCUUAGAUAUUGUUGAAUCGGGUUUAUUAUCAUCUAUGAGAGGAGUAUGCUACACUAAAUCCCGACAUUGGGAAUUAUGUGUCGUCGAAGCUGUAUAAGUUGUUGCAGAUUAAUCAGGAUGUUGAACCAGAACAAUUCAGUUUGCGUGAUUUCUCUCACCUUAUGUAAAUAUGGAGAAAUACACUUAUGUAAGAGACUUUGAGUUUGUCUGCUGCUGCAUCCACAGCUGUAAUCACGGCAUGAUGUGAUGACGAUAGGCUUGUAAAAAUGUUGAUACACAUGUUGAUUUCCAAGUUCCGGGAGUGCAAAUUAUGGGUUGCUGACAAUCGGGACUAAAAGAAGGACAUGCCAUUGCUUUUGUUCUU